AAAUUUUGUAAAUAUAACUAAUUUAAUUUCAGAUGUGGUAAGAGGUUCAGCUAUUAAUUUCAUACCAAUUCUCGAUAGUGAACGAAAAAAUGAAACAGAGUUGGAAAAAGAAAAAGAUGAUUACGAUACCCGUAACGAUGCCAAAGAGGAUACCUUCGGGAAAACUGAUUGUCGUACACAGCGGGAAAGAGCAAUGAAAAAACUGGAAAAUAAUCCAGAAAAUGGAAAUUAUAUACCAACUUGUACAGGCGAAAGCGAUAUACUUUUCGAUAGAAUUCAAUGCCACCGUUUAUCACAUAUUUGUUGGUGUGUAAAUCCGGAAACAGGAAUACCAGAAUCUGGUACAUCAAAAUAUAAUGCAAAACCAAAUUGUGAUGGAAAGAUUCUGCUAACUAACGAUUCUAAAUUACAAAUUAAAGGUUGUUUGGGAAGAAAAAAGGCUAAAUUUUAUCAACGAUUGUUUUCAUCUGUUAUCAGUGAAUGGAUUUUGGCUUUGGGAGAUGAAGCUAAUGAUGAUGCUAUUACAAGCAAAGAUAAAGCAGUCAGAUGGAAAUUCCAACAGCUUGAUAUAAACAAUAACUCGCGAUUGGAGAAAAAAGAGUGGAAGCCAUAUCGUAACGAAUUGCGAUCUUUGAAUAAAGUUCGUAAAUGUGGUCGAAAUUUCUUGCGAUUCUGCGACUUUGACAAUAAUAAGUAUAUCACACUAGACGAAUGGUUAAAUUGUACAAUUUAUGGUUAG